AUGGCACAGAUUGCCAAAGCAUCAUGCAUGGUCAGUGGCUCAUGGAGCCUUCCGGGCAUCAAUACCCACAUUCAGAUCAUAUGCAGCAGAACUAGCAGGGCUACAAGCAGACCUCGGCGGAUGAACACUGCACCCGUCUCAAUUCAGGAUUUCGUCACACCUUGA